UUCGCUAGCUAUCUGUCACAGCUGCAACAAAAGAGAAAAUGAGCUUGAAAGGUCAUGUGGAACUCAACUUUGCAUGUACAUGUCGAUCAAAGUACGUGUGAAUGGCUGCGUUAGUUUUUUCAAAAAGACCAGGGCAACACUUUCGAACAUGCAUGACAGCAAAUGAAAUUGUUCCGUGCACGCGGAACAGCAUUUUCUUGGCCAUGCAUGUGCUCUACAGCUCAUCUACAAGCCACCUUUGCUUGAAGCCGGUUACUCAGUACAGCAUUAUCGAGCCACAGGAUUUAUUUAUCAUAACCUGAUUAUAUAUAAAGGCAGCUACACCAGCUACCCACUUAUAUCAUCGAUCGGUGUAUACUACACAUACAACAAUUGCACCACCCUUCCCCGCAGUUUCCCAUGGCCACUUCUUUUUCUUGCUUCCUUGCCAUCUCAAUUCUAGUAGUGUUCUUCUCACUUCCCCCGCCUACUGGUGCAAGGCUCCUGUAUGCGGACAAGAACACCCUCAAUGACAGCAAGUCUUUCUCCAUCGGAGGUGGCAGAGGCAAGGGUGGUGGCAGAGGUUUUGGUGUGAGUAUCAGCCAUGGCGGGCACGGCACCUCCAUCGCUAUAGGCGGCGGACUUGGAGGUGGAGCUGCUACUAACCAUGGUGGUGGCCCAAGCGUAGGUGGUGGAGCAGGUGCGGGCAUUGGCAUCAAUAUAGGGCAUGGUGGCGUGAAUGUUGGGAUAGGCGGGGGUGGAGGUGGAGCGGCUAGCACCGGCGGGGCGCAUGCAGGUGGUAGCGGUGGAGGUGGCAUUGGAGUUCAUAUAGGCCAUGGUGGUGUGGAUGUAGGGAUAGGUGGAGGUGGAGGCGGGGCAGGUAGCACUGGCGGUGUGCAUGCAGGUGGUGGCGGAAGAGGUGGCAUCGGAUUUCACAUAGGCCAUCGUGGGGUUACUGUAAGCGCCGGUGGUGGGGGCGGUGGUGCGGCCGGUGUAGGUGGAAGUGGGGGAGGCGAAGGCGGUGGUAGCGGUGUUGGUCGUGCCGGCAAUGUUGUGGGUGGUGGGGGAGGGUAUGGCAGUGCAAACGGCGGUAACGGAAGUGGGGGAGGUACCGGAGUUGGGUCAACUGGUGGAAGUGUAGGUGGUGGCUCUGGAAAUGGUGGUGUAGUACAUGGUUGAUUGGUUUGUUAAUUUGAGAAGUACAUAUGCACACAACAUAUUUUAGUUUGCUAAUGAAAUACUCCCUCUGUAACUUUUUAUAAGACGUUUAAUAUAAUAUGGGUAUGUAUAGGAAAUGAUAAAUAUGCUAGUAUUUUUAUGUUUAUUGUAUGUCUAAUACUAUUGGUGUCACCUUCUAAAUGAGCGGGAGUGCCUUGACUAUGAUGGUAUUGUACUAUGUGGUAUCUUUUACCAACGGAACAUGUAACAGGUCCACACUAAUCAGAUGGUGUCUUUUGUAAAGUUACAUGAGUUUUAUAUAUUAUCGAAGAUAU